CUCACAAUGGAAAGCAAAAUUAUAAAUCACGGAGGACGUUACCGGCGUUGUUCUAGUUUCAUCUCCAUUGAUUUGUUCCGCUUCUACUUUUCUGGGUCGAAUUUGGUUUUCUUCCCCUGAUUCUGGGUUUUGUUGGGCACCUCAAGUUUGACAGUGUAGUUUGUUGCUGCUGUACUGGAAUGAAUAGCGUGUUCAGCGAGCAAAUACUUGCUGAUAAGCUGUCGAAGCUCAAUAGCACGCAGCAGUGUAUUGAAACUUUAUCACAUUGGUGUAUAUUUCAUAGAGGCAAGGCUGAACUGGUUGUUGCAACAUGGGAUAAGCAAUUCCACGAUUCAGAAAUGGCCCAGAAAGUUCCUCUUCUGUAUCUUGCUAAUGAUAUCUUACAAAACAGCAAGCGUAAGGGAAAUGAAUUUGUUUCUGAGUUCUGGAAGGUUCUUCCAUCAGCGCUUAAGGAUGUUCUUGACCAUGCUGACAACCAUGGAAAGAAUGUGAUUUCCAGAUUGGUAGAUAUAUGGGAACAUAGGAAGGUAUUUGUAUCCCGAACUCGAAGUCUCAAAGAUGUAAUACUUGGGGAAGAGGCACCUCCGCCUCUAGCAUUCAGUAAAAAACGUACUCGAUCAGUCAGAAUAGUCAAAAGAGAUUCAAGGUCGAUUAGAACGAAACUGUCUAUUGGAAGUGCAGCUGAAAAAAUUGUAUCAGCAUUCUACCUGGUUUUGAGUGAAUGUUCUAAUGAAGAAACUGAGAUGACCAACUGUAACUCUGCAGUUCAACGUGUACGGAAGAUGGAAAACACCGUGGAUGUUGCUUGUUCCGUGGCGAAGAAUCCUCAGCGUAACAAGUUAGCCAAAGAACUGGAAGAGGAAGAAAGUAUUCUGAAACAGUGUAUUGAGAAACUACAAUCAGUUGAAGCCAAUCGGAUGGCACUUAUAUCUCAUUUAAAAGAAGCCCUGCAUGUUCAGGAAUCAGAGCUAGAGAAUAUUCGAACUCAGAUGCAGGUAGCUCAGGCUCAGGCAGAGGAUGCUAAAAAUAUGCAAAAUCGGUUAAACGAUGAAGGUUAUCUAUUAAAACGUUCCACAAUCGAUUCAAAUGCGAAAGCUGGACGGAGUCCUAACAAGUCUGCUGCAGCCAUUGCAGCAGAGGUUGCUGACAAGCUCGCAGCUUCUAGCUCGUCUCAAAUGAUCAUGACAUCGGUUCUCUCCACAUUUGCAGCUGAGGAGGCAAAGAAUACUGUUCUAACAAAGACCAAUAACGGAUCGAAUGCGUUCACGCCCAACCCCGUGCGCUCUGCCAAUUCUAUUACAAAACCUGAAGCAUCAGCCAUUGUUUCAGAUCCUAAUGUUUUCAUGUCUAUGCAGCCCCUUCCUGCACCAGCUAACCAUUCAUAUCAAUCAGUUAUGGUGCCCCAACCGGCAAUGCAAAGCCAAGCCCCCAAUUCACAAACUCCAUAUCAGAUGCUUCCGAACACGCCUUCCCAGCCAUAUAUGCAGCUCUCGAAUGGCGUCUUAACCCCAUAUGGUUAUGGUAGACUUCCAAGCUCGACUCCGGUACCACCACCGCCUAUUCCCCGUAUGGUUAGUCCAAUGGUGUCCUUGACUCAGCAGAUGCUGCAACAGCCAAUGCCCUUAGCUCAGCAGCCAUCACCUAUGAUACAAACACAACCAGUCCCUUUCGCGCAGCAACCAUUAGCACCUAGUUUCCGACCGCUUCAGCCGCCCGGGAUGGUGUAUUAUGGACACCUUCCCCCUUCUCAGUGAAAAUUUUGUACUGAAGACCAUGCCAUAGACAACACCACACUAGUCGUUGCUCGUAGCUCUCCGAACGUACGAGCCUGUGAAUGAAGCAAGAUCGAAACCAUAUGAAGCUGUGGCGGUAAGGACUUGCAAUAUCUACUGCAUAAUUUUGAGAUAAUGACAUUAAGAUCACUGUCUCUCUCUCCCUCAGCCUUACUUGGUGGGUGAAAAUGUAGAAAGUAUGGAAAUAAUGUAACUGGUAUAGGCCUCCACACUUUUGGGAGAUCACUCAGCCCGCCCUACGGUUUCUUAAAUAGGUUCCAUAUCGUUCAGUACAAUAUAUAAGAACGAGCAGACGACAGAGACAACGAGCUAGCCCGCCCACACGAAUGUCGGUGUUCUUCAGCGUUGAAGAUGUAAAGGAGCUAGCAAUGGCAGGCUAGUAGAGUUGUGGCAGCCUCCAUGAAAGUUGUAUAAAGGGAGUUUCAUGGUUAUUGGGUCAGCAUAGAUUGAAGCGGGACGAAUGGUGUAAGAAGUGAGUCAGUUUGCGUUCGUGGAUUGGGUUGAGUCGAGUUGAGACAUUUUUUUAGAGUAAUCCAAUUGAUGUGAAUCGUUUUUUUUUUUUUUUUAAA